AACUCCUGGGUCAGAUACGAAGUUACAUCAAAACCUCAUGAAAGUGUAGAAAAAACGCAGUUUAUACAUUGCAACUGAGGGUCUAGGACUCACUAUGGAAAUUGUGUACGUGUACACUAAGAAGCGCAGUGAGUUCGGCCGCCAGUGUAACUUCUCGGAUAAGCCAGCAGAGCUGCAUGUGGACAUCCUGCCUGACCCGUCUCUCACUGACAACUUCAUAGACAGGGACCCCUGUGAUGUGGCCAUACAGUGCACACAGGAAAUGUCAGAGCAUGAGGUGAACACAGAGCGUUUUGAUUGUGAGCCUUGCGGCAUAAACCAUGUGGAGGGGGGAUGGCCAAAAGAUGUCAAUUCCCAGGAAAUGGAACAGACCAUUCGCUACAGAAAGAAAGUAGAGAAAGAUGAGAACUAUGUGAAUACCCUCAUGCAGCUGGGGAGUCAUAUGGAGCACUGCAUCCGACAGAACAACACCAUUGAUAUCUACCAGGAAUACUUUGAGGAGGAGGAAAUAGUGGAAGAGAUGGAGGGACAGCCUUCGGCCAAAACCGUCAAUGUGUUUAGAGACCCUAAUGAGGUGAAACGAACUGCCACCAGCCUGUCAUGGCACCCUGAUGGCAGCUGUAAACUGGCUGUGGCCUACUCCUCUAUGGAGUUCCAGAAAGUCACCAAAGACAUGAGUUAUGAUUCUUAUAUCUGGGACCUUGAGAAUACCAAUAAACCUGAGAUGACCUUGAAACCUGUUUCACCGCUUGUGUGUUUGGAGUAUAAUCCCAAAGACUCACACAUCCUAAUUGGAGGGAGCUACAAUGGACAGAUUGCCUACUGGGACACACGUAAAGGUAGCCAGCCAGUUGAGAUGUCUGCUGUGGAGCACAGCCAUAGAGAUCCUGUCUAUAAGGUUAUCUGGCUGCAAUCAAAGACAGGCACAGACUCCUUCUCAGCUUCUACUGAUGGUCAGGUGCUGUGGUGGGACAUUCGUAAGAUGAGUGAACCCACAGAAAGGUUGGUGCUGGACCCUAGCAAGAAGGGCAACCUAGAUAAUGCACUAGGAGCUUUUUCACUGGAGUUCGAAACUACCAUGCCCACAAAGUUUAUGGUUGGUACAGAACAGGGAGUGGUGGUCUCGUGUAAUCGUAAAGCAAAAACUCCUGCAGAGAAGAUUGUAUGUACAUAUAGUGGCCACUAUGGACCCAUCUAUGCCCUGCAGAGGAAUCCCUUCUUCCCUAAGAACUUUCUGACUGUGGCUGACUGGACUGCCCGUAUCUGGUCAGAGGACAUUAGAGAUUCCUCCAUCAUGUGGACCAAAUACCAUAUGGCCUACCUGUCAGAUGGAUGUUGGAGUCCUGCUCGGCCUUCCGUCUUCUUCACUGUUAAAAUGGAUGGCACCCUAGACAUAUGGGACUUUCUCUUCAAGCAGAAUGACCCCACACUCAGUCUUAAAGUGUGCGAUGAGGCUCUGUACAGCCUGCGGGUGCAGGAUAAUGGCCGUUUUCUGGGUUGUGGCUCACAACUGGGCACUGCCACUCUGCUAGAGAUCUCAUCAGGCCUGUGCACACUGCAGAAAAAUGAAAAGGCCCUGGCUACAGCGAUGUUCGAACGUGAAACGAAACGGGAGAAGAUUCUGGAAGCUUGUCACAGAGAGAUGCGAUUGAAGGAGCGCAGUCGCUCGGAGCAGAGCAAGGAGGAUGAAGCCAAAGAUGGAGAAGCAGAGGAAAGUGCGGAGGAGCUGGUGGCCUGCGCAGAGAGAGAGUUCUAUGAGGUGGUGGAGGCUGAGAUGAAGAAAAGGGGGAAAGAUGAUAAAAAAGAGAAGGAGAAAUAUGAGGGGAAAGAUGGGUGUAAAGAGAAGGAGUCAUGAGAAGACCCUGCAACAGUACAACUUCACCUAUUCACAUCAUCUACACAAGGCUCACAUAAAUAAUGAAGAGAAACAUCCUAUGGACAACAGCACAUAGUUGCCUGUUGUCUUAAAAAAAUAACCCAGUUAACUACAGAGGUCUAAUAGUGAGAUGUUUUAUGGAGACACAGUUGAUAAGUUUAUUAAAGUACAUGCUUUGUUUUGCACAAUUAUAUUUUUGUUGUAUUCUGUUUGCAGAAGGGGUGGGGUUACUUUGGUUAAUUGAGGGUCAGCAUUCAGAAAGUACAUUCAGUUCAAGAAGAUGAUUUAUCAGCACCAAAUGUAAAUUAGAUGGUUUGAAUGUCAUCUUGCUGGCCUGACUGAACAUAACUCCAGAUAACCUAAACACUGCAGCAUUUUUGUUUAAUAUAUAUUAUAUAUAAUAUAUAUUACUAGAAUGUAUCACAUUUGUGUUUGUUAAUUUGUGCCUAUAUAUUCCGCUUGUGGUGACAGAUACCCUUAACUGAAAUAAAUGUUUUACA